AUGCGGGGCUCUGGGGCUGUCACGCAAGAUGAUCUCUGCCUGGAGCUCCUCCCGUCUGGAAGCCUCAGCGCCACCGCCUCCUUCCGGAGCGCGACGCUACCCCUCGCAGGGUCAGCGCUGCACCAUGGCCCCCGCGCCCAGGGCCGCCAUCUCCCGCCUCUGGGUCAAGGCCACCAUCCGCGCCGCUCUUACCAGGAGACCACCUGCUCUCCAGGACUCGGGCCACCUCACGGCCUGCCGUCCAUUCUGCGUCCCGCCAACAAAUUCCCUUUCACUUUGGCGUUGAAGUCCUCUUUGUUUCCUGCAACCAAACCCCCUAACUGGGCUCAGGCAGCGGCGCCCCGUCCUGGAGGGUCUGGGCCGGGCGCCCGGGAGCUGCAGGGCCUGCGGGAGGGGCACCGCGGUCUCCGGGGAAGGACGUGGGCGCCGCUGGCGGGCGUACCUGCUGCUCACGUGACGGCCCCCAGCCCCCGAGGAGCCGCCGCAGUUCUCGUGCGUCAGGCCCUGGCCCGGCAGCACCAAGGUCAAGGCUGGCUUCGCAGCCCAGAUGCGGAGCGGGGCUGCUCGGAGGGCGGGUUUCAGCUGCUGGUGUCGAACGUGUCUCUCGGGCUGAACGAGAACAGCGCGUCCACAAACCACGGUGGGGCUGCCCCCGGUGGUCUGAGGGCCGCACGCGGGGUCGGGCAGCGCGCGCUCCAGCGGCCUCGGGGGUGCCGGCUCCCGGGGGGGAUGCUCGGGCCAGGCGCCCGGACCCCAGCGCGCCCACCGGAGGCCCUGCGCUCACCUCGCCUUCGCAGGCAGAGCCCGGGGGCCCGGCCCCGCCGACCCGGCCAGCGGCCCCUCGUUUGCGGGCGGCUGCGCUCCAUGCGUUUGUCCCGCAAGGACACGGAGAACACGCCCUGGGCUCUCAGAGGGUUCGGCGCGGACCCACCCCCUCCCUGGCGGCCAGCGCACCUGCCCCGGGCGUGGCCACGUCCGGGGGGAAGCCGCUCGGAGACGGGCCCUCCUCCGGGGCGAGGGGCCUCCCCUCACCGAGGGAGUUUUGCUGUUGACGCCACCUGCCUGUCUCGGGCGGCGGGGGUCUGGGGCCGAGGGCUGCCCGGGCCCGGACCCCGCCCCCCACGCCCACCCCCGACCCCGUGCUGUGACCCUGGGCCUGGGGGUUCGGCCGCCUCCCCCAGCGGCGUCAGCGCUUCAUUCAGGGCGGCCGUCCUUCGCGGCCACGGGGAUGGGCUGGCUCCGGACUCCGGGAAGAAGGGCCACGCUCGUGCGGGACGCCCCGCGCCCCAGGAACGGAGGAGGCAGCGCUGCGGGAGAGGGGGCGCGCGUCCUCGAGGGCACGGCCUGAAUCUGCCUGACCUGGAGGUGUCCUCUGUGUCCCUGACACACGUACGCGGUAAGAGGGAGAAGAGGCACCGGGACGGGGCAGGGACCCCAAGCCGCUGCCCCCGCGUCUCGUCCCGGGGAGGACGCUCCGCUCCUGGGAGCGCGUUUGGUGUCUGUCCCCAGGAAGGGGACCUGCUGGGGGGAGGCUGCACCUGGGUCCCGGCAGGCACGGCCGCGUGGGCUCCUGGCCAGCGCACGGGGGGCGCCGGGGGGCGCACGCCGGAGGCUGGAGGGCCCGGGAGCGUCCGCGCUGCAGGCCCGGGAAGGCUCCCAGCCACGGGGCCCCACGCGGAGCUCCAGGGGUCCGGGGACGCCGAGCGGCAGCCCAAGGCGGUCCCCGAGCCGGAGCCUGGUGGUGGGCGCGGCCCAGGCCGGGCCGGAGCACGCGCCCGGGGCGGGGCGGGAGGGGCUCUGUGUCCGCGGAGCCGAGGGCGCGUGGGCGCCGCGCCCGGCAGGCGUGGGGCUGGGACCUGCGCUCUCCCACGCGAGGCCCCAGCACCCGCCGUGGGCGCGGCCGGGCCUCUCCGGGACGCGGGGCCGGGGGAGGGGGCGGCGGUGGGAGGGGUGGGAAACCGCUCAUUUCAGAGCGAGCCCGGCGUGAGCACACGGCCCGGGGCGCGUGUGUCCCCAGAAGCCAAGGCCACAGGCUGGGGGUCGGGGGCCCUCGGCCGUGGCCUCCGGAGCAGACCGCCCCAGGGGACAGCGAGCCGGCGGCCCCGCUCAGCCUGUGUCACACACGCAGCUCCUCGGGGGAGGCGCGGAGCCGGGGACAGGGCCUGGGGCUGGGGUCUCGGACCCUCUGCCCGGUCCUCCCGGGGGUGCCCUCGCCCGCUGUGGAGGCCGGGGGGGGGCGCGGAGCCACCACUCUGUGUCCCCCUUCAUCCCGUCACCCCCAGGCUGGUGGGCCCUGUCGCCUCGCAGGCCUACAAGGUGGGCUGGCCACCGCCCUGCUCUCCCCUCCCCCCAGCGCCCAGCCGGGUCUCAGGAAGGGCGCACCCGGAGUUCACGUCUCACGCCCGUGCGUCUGUGCAUCACUGGCCUGACAGGCGGGACCCAAGCCACCCCAGGAGCCUCUUCUUCCCCCAGAGCCAGGACACCGUCUCCGUUCCCAGGGCAUCCCAGGCCCUUAACAAGUCGGGGUUUCGCGAAUGA